AUGUUAAAAACACGUAUUGUUGAUGUUGCUAAUACUGCUGGUGCUAUUGGUGGUGGUGGUGCUGCUGCUGGUGUUUGUGGGGUUGAUGCUAUAAAUAACAAGACUUUGUCUGUGAUUACGAUCGUUGGAGUUUCAAUUUCGAAUGUUUUUCUUGUCACCACACUUGUUAUAAUCUGCUGUUUGGAGAAUUUGAGGAACUCGGAACGGUACAGAAUUUUGCGCCAUUUGGUCAUCGCUCUACUACUUGCCAAUUUGUUCUUUUUUCUACUGGAGGUUGAUGUAAAGAACUCAAUUGCAUGCAGUCUUCUCGCCGGGUGUUUGCACUACAGUCUAUUAGCAGCUUUCUCGUGGAUGUUGAUAAUGUCAACAGAUGUUUACAUAAAGAUUAAAUAUCCAUUUGCUGAUCAUGAGAGACGCUUCUUCUACUGUCGAUACAUUGGUUGGAUUGGACCCGUCACUGUUGUCGGGACGACAGUUUGUAUAACAAGACAAAACUACGCAUCGGAUAAGUGCUGGUUGAAAAAUGAAUCAGGUGCCAUAUGGGCGUUUGUUUCUCCUGUGUGCCUCACCCUUCUGAUUGUCCUCGUACAGUUGGUUGUUAUUGGCUAUAUAGCUUUCAAGAAGGCUCAACGACCGAACCAAACUGGACAAGAAAUGGAAAAUUUCAAACGAAUCAGAACUCUGUUUACUGGUAUACUGCUCCUUACACCAGCCGUUGGGAUAUCGUGGAUUUUCGGUGUCAUCCUCGUCUUUUGUGACUGGAAAGCCUUACAUUACAUCUAUGUCAUCUUAAACUCCAUGCAAGGACUGUUUAUCUGGCUGUCGCAGUGCGCCUUCAGUAAAGAGGUGCGAGAGGCACUUAUUAAGAAAUUCAGCAAUCAAAUAAGUCAAGAAAAUACCACAAUGUAACUUCAGUGACAAGUCCAAUAGUCAGGCCCUUGAAAACCACAUCAAUGAU